AACGGAGACCCCGAUAUUCCUUUCUCCCUCCUCCUCCUCCUCCCCUCUUCUUCUUCUUUGUUCCCCAUACCGAAGGCCCAUUCAUCUGUUAACCUUGACGGAAAACCGGGAAUGGAGACGCCGGACGCCGUUGAAGCUUCGGGAGGACUCCUCCUCUCGGGGAGUCGAACCCCCCAAAAGGUAACCACAUCCGUUUUCUAGGUCAGGAAUAGGAUUAGGGUUUCCGAUUCUUUUUCUUGUCUCUCUCUCCUUCUCUCGCCAUCUCUCGGAUACGCCCAUAGUUAGAUGGGUCUGAUCUCUUUGAUUCGGCUUUUCCCUCCCGUCUUCGGAGGGUUUCGGGGGAUUCUAUAGCCGCGGAUCGAUAAAGAUCUCGCCUUCAAUCUGAUUCGCUGGAUUCCUGGUUCUAGGGUUUGUUUUCUCGUUUGAGGAAUCGGCGAUUCUAACGGAAAGAAAAGCAAUUUUUUGGUUAAAGUUGGGAUUUUUGAUUGACUAAAAGAACAAAAAAAUUGGGUUUUUUUUUUUUUGGAUGGGGUUCUUUUGAAUUGAAUUGUUAGGGGUUGGUGGUGCUGGGAUUUUUUAUGGAAUGGAUUUGUGAGGGUUUUUAUUGGGAUGCUGUUGCUGGAUGUGUUGGAAUUCGAAACCUGCCAGAUAGAUAGGGUGCAGAGGAGGAAGACAAAGAGGAGGAGGAGGAGGUGAUAAGCAAGCACGGAGAGGGACGAGACAGACUGCGCUACCGCCACCAUGGGGGAGCCCCUCCUCACCACCUUGUCCAUGGAGAACCACCACCCGUCCACCCUUCUCUCUAUGGACCCCAGCGGCGGCGCCCCACCGCUGGCCGUCGCGGCCGCCGCCUUCGUCCACGACGACUGCGACCGGGAGCUCAUGAUCCAGCAGCGCCAGCAGAUGGUCCUAUCCCGGCCGCCCGACAUCAACCUUCCCCUCUCGGCCGAGCGCUCCCCUCCGCCGCAGUCCUGGAGCUCCGACUCCUGUGACAUCCUUGACGUUGGCCUCGGCCCCCAGAUCUCCGAGACCGAGGCCGUCCUCAGCCUCCCCAAGUCCGGUUGCAGUGCUGUUGUGGUUGCCGCUGCUGGUUCCCGGAAGUGCGCCAAGAGAGGGGAUAGCAUCUGGGGUGCCUGGUUCUUCUUCAAUUUCUACUUCAAGCCUGUUCUCUCGGAGAAAUCCAAGGCCAAGAGCAUCCGGGAUGCAAACGGUGUUGCAGGCUUCGACAAGUCUGACCUCCGGCUCGAGGUGUUCAUGGUCCAGCAUGACAUGGAGAACAUGUACAUGUGGGUCUUUAAGGAGAGGCCAGAGAAUGCGCUUGGAAAGAUGCAGCUGAGGAGCUACAUGAACGGGCACUCCCGCCUCGGCGAGCCCCAGUUCCCUUUCAGCGUUGACAAGGGCUUUGUCCGUUCCCACCGGAUGCAGCGCAAGCAGUACAGGGGCCUGUCGAACCCGCAGUGCGUGCACGGGAUUGAGGUCGUAAGGUCACCUAAUCUCUCAGUGGUCUCUGAGGUUGAUUGCAAGAAGUGGAUGGAGCUCACAGGAAGGGACGUCAAUUUCUCGAUCCCGCUCGAGGCCUGCGAUUUUGGGUCAUGGAGGAAUCUUCCCAACACCGACUUUGAGCUUGAGAAACCACCUCUGCUGUUAAAGAAUACUUCACAUCCCCAUCCAAGGAGGUUGCUUAAUGGCUCGGGUCUGAAUUUAUCGACACAACCAUCAUCAAAUCAUUCUGGUGGGGAUGGAACUGAUGUCUCCACUAUGUGCACGAAACGUAGGAAGGAUUUCUUCCCACAUGGGAUGGAGGAAGAUGGUUGCUUGCCGAAUAAUUCUUAUUUAGACAGGUCCCAAGAUAUUGAUGUGCACCCAGUCGAACCAGUACCAUGGCUAAAUGAGUUUAGUGGUGUGAUGAGGCGUGCAUAUGGCCCGGUUACUGCCGCAAAGACUAUAUAUGAGGAUGAUGAGGGAUACCUGAUAGUGGUUAGCUUGCCGUUCUCUGAUCAACAGAGGGUGAAGGUCUCCUGGAGGAACAGUCUUACUCGCGGGAUAGUGAAGAUAUCAUGUGUCAGCACUGCCCGGAAUCUUUAUAUAAAGAGACAUGAUAGAACAUUCAAGCUAACAGACCCUUCUCCUGAGCACUGCCCACCAGGGGAGUUCGUAAGAGAAAUACCUCUGGCCACGCGCAUUCCAGAAGAUGCCAAGUUGGAAGCAUACUAUGAUGAGUCUGGUACCGUGCUCGAGAUAAUGGUCCCUAAACACCGUGUCGGUCCAGAAGAGCAUGAAGUUCAUGUCUGCAUGCGCCCGCCUCAUCUUGGGGCGAAUGAACUUCUGCUGACUUGACAAGGCAGCGCUUUUAAUGUGUAUGGGUGGUUGCCAUCGGUCAGAUCUAUUGGUUACUAACUCUGAAUCAUAAAAGAAAAUCUAUAAAAUGAAAGUGCACCCUUACCAUACACACUUUCUUUUGCAACUUAGUUUUGCUGACUGCUUUGGUGCUCUAUCAUGUUUUGCUGUUGGGAUCACAUCAGUGCUACUUGCACACUUGAGGUUCUAAAGGAAAAUGGCACAAGUUUCUGCAUCUUUUGCAUCGAUAGAUAUGUUGGUGUUCGCCAUCCCACAAAGUAUUCUACAGAACAUGAUCAGGCAAAAUUUGUAUAGACAUUCAUAUUUGGAAGUGUAUCAAGAAAGUUUGUUAAUGUGAUGUUGGAAUUUUUUGAAGAAAUUAUUUCUAUUUCGUUUGGUGGAAACAAAAUGGUAAAUGGUGUUGGGAUUUUUGAAGGUAUUGUCUCUCUCAAUGGAACCAAACAGUGAAUAUCACCUUGAAUUCAGGUUGCACAUUUUCUUCUUACAUCUUGGAUAUUAUGUAGAUGACCUGUAUACUCUGAUUAUUUUGUAGAACAUUUAUGACACAAUCAACAAGACUCCUGUUUAGUUUCUAAUGCAA